AUGUCUCUACAAAAGUGGCUGGAAGAAGACCCAGAGCCGAAACAAUGGCUAAAAGACACGCACAUGGAUGCUGCGUUGAAUAUGCUGAGGAAACGGUACAAGGCUCAUCCAGAGUGGUUGAGGAGUGACAAAAUUUGCAUCCUCGACACUACUCUUGGCAACAUAUGGAAUAUGAGGUACCAUGACUUUGUUGACUUUCCUGCCAAUGAAGACGGGACUGGAAGAAAGCUACCAGGUGGGUCAUGGGAUUACUAUACAGGUCAAAUGCCCGAGUAUGAAAAACUAGAGAAGACGUAG